UUCCCUGAAAAAUACCUAGCAUUAGAACAAAAAAAAGUGAAGCUUAAAAAAUCCCAGAGGUUAAUUAGCUAUCAUAAAUUGGGAAAUGUCAGGAUAACUGAAGGUAUUGUAAUUGAAAAUAAAUAUGGUGAACAUUCGUGUGAAUGAUACUACUUCAAGUUUACAUUUACAAACGUUUCUAAAUAUUUUUCUGAAUCAUAUUUGCUUGUAUUAUUAAAAAUUUGGAUCUGUCUUACUUCGCUGUAAUUUUUCUUGCGUAUGUUGCUAUGCAUGACGGUUUUGAGGUCGCCAUUACGAAUUGUCAAUAGGGUAGGAAUCUUUUCUAUCAACGGAAUCAAGCAAGCUCAAGAUCCUGAUCAGAAAUAACCAGAGAAAACUGACGGCAGUUGCGGAUUGGAUAAUUGGUGCAGUUUGUGUGAGACAGUUGUGUAUAUACAAGGGGAGCAAAAAGUGACUAGCAUCACGGACGCAUCAAGAAAUUGUGAUGUACGGGUUAGAUCUGACGAUCGAAUGGAUUUCCUUUGCAAGAGAUUGGCGAAGCUGUUAUAAUGCCUGAGAGACUUCUUGAAGAUGUACGAGAUGGAUUCAUUCUUUGAAUUGUCUUAAGUAUCUGUUGUGGUCGUCCUUGGAAUUUGGAUGCUGCGCGUUUCGUCAAGCCUGGUCUUGGACAUUGAAAAGAUUUACAUAUAAGAUGUUUGGGUGAUGAAAAGCUAUUGGCGACAAGAUGUUAAUAAAGGAAUACCGAAUACCACUGCCUCUUACGGUAGAAGAGUACAAGAUUGCUCAGCUGUAUAUGAUAGCGAAAAAAUCGAGGGAAGAGAGCAAAGGCGUGGGCAGUGGUGUUGAGAUUAUCGUUAACGAACCGUACAAUGAUGGUCCUGGGGGAAAUGGACAGUAUACACAUAAAAUCUAUCACGUAGGAAGCCAUCUUCCAGGAUGGUUCAAGAGUCUACUUCCGAAAUCAGCUCUCACGGUGAAGGAGGAAGCCUGGAACGCUUAUCCUUAUACUAAAACAAGAUACACCUGUCCCUUCGUGGAGAAGUUCUUUAUAGAGAUCGAGACUUACUAUUAUCCUGAUAAUGGGCAUCAGGAAAAUGUUUUUAAGUUGAGCGGAAGUGACCUCAGAAAUCGGGUUGUAGAUAUCAUUGACGUGGUGAAGGAUCAAUUAUAUGGAGCGGAUUACGUGAAAGAGGAAGAUCCUAAAGUGUACGUUUCAGAAAAAACAGGACGAGGACCUCUUACCGAAUCAUGGCUGGAAGAUUAUUGGGGAGAAGUCAAGGGAAAGCCCCAACCAACGUCUUCGGGAAAGUCCCUGAUGUGCGCUUACAAACUAUGUCGGGUGGAAUUUCGUUACUGGGGCAUGCAGACAAAAUUGGAAAAGUUCAUUCACGACAUAGCAUUGCGAAAAAUGAUGCUACGUGCACAUCGUCAAGCAUGGGCGUGGCAGGACGAGUGGAAUGGUUUGACCAUGGAGGACAUAAGAGAAAUAGAGAGACAGACCCAACUUGCUCUUCAGAGGAAGAUGGGGUUUAGUGAAUCCGCCGAGGAUAUAGCAGAUGGCGAAGAGCCAGCAGUAACAACAAACGCAGCUAUGACUCCUCAGGAUUCUGACGUAGCCAAGACAUUAGCAGCUACCCUGGGCAGUAUCGAAAAGAACGAAGAUCCCCAAAGUCCACCGUCCUUAAGAAAACCAUCCGAUAUACCGAUAAUUAAUACAGCCGUGAGUUCCGAGGGUGAACUUAGUCCGGAAGACUCGCCCACUGAGUUAUCCGCCCCAAGGAGCGUGGAAGAAAAAUCAGACGGUAAAAAGGCGUGGAAGCGUAGCAAUCUGUCUUUACAUUCGCCAAGUUCAGCGAAGAGUUUUGAGAUUCAAAUAGCGAACUUACGGAUGGAAAGUAUCGUGAGAGAAUCGGAAUCCGGCAGCGAAGAUGAGUUCUUCGACUGCCAAGCUGGGUUCAUUAUACCUACUAUACGCAAAGAGGACUUUGGAGAUAACUCGGCAUUAGCUAAAUGGAGUUCUUUGGAUCUUCUAGCUGAAGAGGAGGAUACCGCAUCUCCAACGGCAUCCCCGGCUAAUAAGCAAGAAGAUACCAUAUUUUCGUCUUCGUACCUGCAACGUGUGGCCAGUGAACGGAGUAGCAAGAGGCUAACUAUUCAUACAUCAGCCAGCAUUGAUGUUUCUUGUCCAGCAUCUCCUCAGCAUUCACCGACGCAUCAGCCCUGCAGGACUACUGUUCUACUUAUAGUGCUACACGCUGGCAGCGUUCUAGAUGCUAACGUCGACUUGACUGCUAAAAAAUCUGACAUUACAACGUUCAAAGGAGCAUUUGAGUGUGUUAUGAGACAACAUUAUCCUAGUAUGGUUGGACAUAUUGCAAUCAAGUUUGUUUCCUGUCCCUCAAUAUGUACGGAAGGUCUUGGUAUUUUAUCAAGCUUGAGUCCAUACAGCUUUGACGUAUCUCCAUCGUGCAUGGAUACUCCGCAAGUGACUCACGAUACAAUUCCAAUUGGUGCAAUUCCAUUGCUUGCAAGUUCCACGCCUGAUUAUCAGGAUUCAGUUUCGCGGGUGGUUAAUGGCGCCAAUCAGGUUUAUCACGAGUUUAUUAAGAGUGAGGAGGGUCGUGGUUUUACUGGGCAGAUUUGUUUUGUCAGUGAUUCGGUAGGUUCCAUUUUGGCCUACGAUGCUUUGUGCAGAUCAGCCCAAUAUCAAUCUAGGAAUGACAGUGAGAAUAGUAUUUUGGAGAAUGACAAUCAAGGAAUGGACAACAAUGGUGGGAACGAAGAUGGCAGACAUUUGUCAGCUCCGUCACCUAGGAGACGAUCCUCGUCAACGAGAAAAAUCAUUGUUUUCAGCGAUUUUUCUCAUCAGUGUAAAUUGGAAUUUGAAGUGGGCGAAUUCUUCAUGUUCGGCAGCCCGUUAGCACUUGUACUGGCAUAUAGAAAAAUUUCAUCUGCGGGAGAGAAGAACAGUAUUAUACCGAGGCCAAUGGCUAAUCAAGUUUAUAAUUUGUUUCAUCCAACAGAUCCAGUAGCUGCGAGAUUAGAACCGUUAAUUUCCGCUAGAUUUUCACUUCUGCCGCCGGUUAAUGUUGCUCGAUACCAGAAGUAUCCGCUUGGGAAUGGACAGCCGUAUCACUUACUCGAAACGAUACAGACGAAUCCACAAUUAUUCUAUGAUGGAUUGAACGUUCCUAAUACGCCUUUACCACAUCUGAGAAGGCUAUCUGAUAUAUCUAUCCAGAGCGUCAUGUCUGGAAUUAACGAUAAUGUUCCUUUGCAGGCUGUAUCUGCGUUGACGCAAAAGUGGUGGGGCAAUAAGAGAAUGGACUACGCCCUAUACUGCCCGGAAGGGCUUGCCAAUUUUCCAACGAAUGCUCUGCCUCAUCUGUUCCAUGCUAGCUAUUGGGAAUCUUCGGAUGUCAUUGCAUUUAUAUUAAGACAACUCGGCAGGUUUGAUCUUCCGAUGCUUGGCAACGAAGAAAAAGAGCUCGCGUUCUUCCGUCCAGGUCAGCCGAGAGAGAAGUGGAAUAAAAAACGUACUUCUGUAAAGUUGAAGAGAUUCUUAUUUCAUCCGCAGAAUGUCGCUGCUAAUCAUAGAGCCAAUGACGUUAUUGUCAGAGAGGGUGCUGCGCAAAUUUUAAUUGCCAGAUUUAUGUACGGGCCAAUAGAUAUGAUAGCUUUGACGGGUGAAAAAGUUGAUAUACACGUCAUGAAAGAUGCUCCAGCUGGUGAAUGGUCGUUCCUAUCUACUGAAGUGACUGAUAAAACUGGAAGAGUUACCUAUCGGAUUCCUGAGGAAAAAGCCCUUGGCUAUGGAAUUUAUCCUGUUAAGAUGGUCGUGAGAGGUGAUCAUACAUCUGUCGAUUUUUUUAUGGCUGUGAUACCACCGAGGACAGAAUGCGUUGUCUUUAGUAUUGAUGGCUCCUUUACUGCCAGUAUGUCUGUUACUGGACGAGAUCCUAAAGUAAGAGCUGGUGCCGUCGAUGUAGUAAGGCAUUGGCAAGAGCUGGGUUAUCUGAUCAUCUACAUAACCGGUCGACCGGACAUGCAACAACAAAAAGUUGUGUCGUGGCUCUCACAACACAAUUUUCCUCACGGUCUUGUAUCCUUUGCAGACGGUCUCUCGACUGAUCCUCUAGGUCAUAAAGCUGCAUACUUAAAUAAUCUCAUACGGGAACAUGGCGUAAUAAUUCAUCAUGCCUAUGGAAGUAGUAAGGACAUCAGCGUCUACACGGCUAUAAAUUUAAGGCCGAAUCAAAUAUUUAUCGUGGGCAAAGUUCCGAAGAAGCAACACGCUCUAGCUACAGUGCUUCUCGAAGGCUAUGCAGCUCAUUUAAAUACCCUGCAAGCACACGGUGGCUCAAGACCAGCCCAGGGCAAUGCUCGCAUGGUCAUUCCUAGGGGACAAUUUGGUUUACCCGGACAAAACGCUUCUCUACGUCGUAGAAGCUCUUUUAGAUCGGCUAAGCGUGCGAUUUCACAUCCUCUGAUGGGCAAGGUGACUAUUUUGGAAAGAAGUACAAGCGUGGGUCCACCAACAACGCCACAGUCGGUACCGCCAGUAAGGACAGUCGCCCAGGAAAAGCUCUGACGAUUUGCACGCUGCCGCUCGUUCUUUGAGUCCCGGCAGUAGAGGAAUCAUCAUUCACGAGAAGAAAAAUUAACUAGCACCGCUGUCUCUUGGUGUCUUGUAGUAUAGUAUCCAGCAAAAACAAUAGUACAUGUAACUUAAACAUGGUUGAAAUUUUCCACACAUUGUCAUAAAGCCAAUAUAAUAGUGCUGUUACAUAGACGUUGUGUACGAGUGGAAAAUUACAGCAAAGCGUCCACGUUAACAUGUAGUAUAGUAUUUGCUGGAUAAUAAUAAAAUAAGAAGUCAUCGUUCUGAGAAUGACGAGGCUGAUGACACGCAAUAACCAAAGGAUUGAAGAAAUCGAAAUUCAUCUAAUUUCGUCGAAUACGCUUCUGCCCGGUACAGAGAAGACUAGCCGAAAAAUUCAUUCAUAUAUCAGUAGGUAUUAAUUGAUAAGUUAGAAAGGAACUAUCGGUCCUAGCAAACGCCUUUGUCACGUUCUUAUAACUUAGCUACUGUAUAACAACAUACAAUUUAUGUAGCUAAGAUGUAACUGUUACAAAAUGUGUUUGCUGGGGUAUACUAUACCUACUGAGACCGUUCAUUUUGGUCAUUCUUUAAGAUUGAAUAGAUUCUAGAAGCUCCUAUUAUUUAAUUACCCAAAAUGCAUCGAUACAGUUUAUUAUUACGACACGAUUGCGAAUUGGAUAUAAUGAAACUUGUUGAAACUGUUACCUGAGUCCCCACGUUGUUAUCUAAGAUAAUUCAUAGGAUAGAUUUCCAUUGUCGAAUAUCGUUAGUUUAUGGAUUAUCGCCAAAAUGCCAAUCUAGCGGAAUACGCAAUGCUGAGGGAAAUUAAAUUAAUUAAAAAAAAAAAAAAAA